GAAUCAUGGACUGGAAUUCUAGAGUUGAAUUAGUAUUCUUAUACGGUACUAUAUCCCACUUGAUUAACAUAUACUAAGGUUUGGCACUGAUGUAUUACCUCCGUAGGGAAAUACGAGAAGCGUACCUUUCUAGAAUGGCCACGCCGGUACUGGUGGACAGAUGUCUUCUAUGGAUAUCUACCGGAUAUUGCUGUCAUUCCUCACUAUCUACAGUGAUAUUAUUGUGGAUGGUUGCCUCCCCCGCUCGAGAGUCAGCACUACCUACCCAUAAAAGAAACGCGGUUAAAGAGGGAAGUAAUUGUGUAAUUUGAUAAUCUAGAUGGGCUCCCUAACCCUAAUAUCGCCCUCAACUGGGCCGAGACUAGCCGUCCCAGACAUUACCCCGUUGGC